GUUCAAUGCCCGACAGCCCUUUGGGGAAGAAAUUGUUCCCCAGAUCCAGCUUAAUUUAACACCAGGAUUUGAGGUGCGGGACCAUCGUUGUCCUGCGUAGCUCAAGUGUCCCCAGGCCAGGGGCCGAGGUGGAUCUUUGAGGUUGACAACUCACUUGGGUCCCCACCCAGUGUGAAAGAUGUUUGAGAGAGAUGAGCUGAAAAAUGUGAAAACACACAUUUCCUUAAAAUAGAGAAAAGUGCCUGUACCACCUCUCGAGGGAAAAUCAGUGCCUGGGGGGUUGUAAUUAAGGGGCCAAAUGGGUUGGGAAGGGUUUUGCUGUGAGCGCUGAUGGACAACAGGACACACGGGUCAGCAAGGCCGGGCAGGUCUAUGGAGCGCGUUUAUGAAAAAUAACUCAUAGCUGAGCUUGAAUUGAGGUUUUUCUACUGGAAAUAAGUGUAGUUUUCUUGAGCAAUGUUGGCCAAAUUGCUUGUUCUUAUUCAGUCACACUCAAAGAGGAGAGAGGCCAUUGAUCAUCCAUCCAUCCACCCAUCCUUCCUUCCAUCCUUCCAUCCAUCCGUCCAUCCAUCCAUCCAUCCAUCCAUCCAUCCAUCCAUCCAUCCAUCCAUCCAUCCUCCUCCAGGCUGUAGGGAGAGGGUCAGAGCUUCUCAAACAGAGAUUCAAAAGAAGACUGAGGUUAUUCAGGGUGGAGAUAAUACUGACAAGAUGAGAAUAUUAAUUUGUUAGAUGCAGCAAGACCAAGAAAAAUAAGUCAUUGCUGUUUGAAGGACGUUCUUCUGCAGUCUUCUGGUCAUACUGAGACGGAGAACUCUAGUACCUUACGCAUUUCUGAUAGUAAAAUAUAUUACAGAUGGAAACUUGCUAUGUGUUAUAAAAAUGAGGUAAUUUUAAAAGUAUCUGCACAGAGACAGGCAUGCGUCAACUCUAGAAUUUAUGUUUUAUUGAUAUUGUUUUAAUUAUUUUGAUGAAUUACUGAUAUUGUUCUAUACUACAUUGUUCCUAUAAUACCCCUUUGUGCUCUCAUUAUAAGACAGAACAACAAAACAAGAUUUUAGUAAGAGAUGGAUGCUAAUAUCACCAAGGAUCAUCAUGCCAGGACUUCGAUGUCCCCCCAGAGAGACUCAGCGUGAGAGCUCCUGAUGACCAAGAGCAUGGAGCAAGACCAGUAGAGUGUGAUGAGCAGAUGCAGCCUGGACAAGGUCAAGAUGGGGAGGCUGAGGUUGGAUCUUGGUAAUAAUUCCUUCCCCAAAGGGCUGUGGGGUAUUGGAACAAGCUGCCCAGGGCCGUGGUGGAGUCACCAUCCCUGGAGGGUUGGACAGAUGGAGAUGAGGUUCUCAGGACAUGGGACAGUGCUAGUGUUGGGUGAAUGGUUGGACUCGAUGAGCUUGAGGGUCUCUUCGAACAAAAUGAUUCUAAGAGGUGAUGGAGAAGAAACACCUUGGAGGGGCAGAGAGGGCACAGGCAGGAGAUGAGAAGGCUACAGGGGUUCCCAAAGGUGCAGGAUUUUUUUGGGAGCAGGAGGCUGGAUGUGGGAAAAUGAUGGGUCGCUAAUCGACUCCAGCUCCAUGUGUUGAUUCUACUGGUGUCAUACUAAGGUUGGAAACUAUCUAAUAUAAUGAUGGACUUGUGCAGAAUAUUUUAUGGCAUGGCAGUCUGAAUCUGGACCUUCAACCCUGGCUAGAAGAGGGUGCAGCUCUCCCAGCAUUCCUGGAUUUAUUACUCUGAAGUCUAUUUUUUCUAUUUGUAGGCAAGCUCAGGAGUGGUGUAAGGAAGCAAUACUGCUUGUAGUGCUGGAUUUCCUGGGAAAUCAGGCUUAGAACUGGCCAUGGAUCCAACCAGGAAGAGUCCAGGCCUGUUCGUCCCUCUUGAUCUGCAGUAGCUGCCGUAUUUUUUUUAGAGGAAUAUGAUGGCGGAUGAGUAUUGGCUUCCAUCUGUAUAGUAACGGCUAUUGUAGACUGCCAGAAAUGUGGAGGGUUGGAUGAAUGGAGGGAUGGAGGGAUGGAUGGAUGGAGGGAUGGAUGGAUGGAGGGAUACAAACUCAAGCUCAUUUUGAAUUAUGCCAUUGCUCAAGAGCAGUAUGGAUGCCUAUUGCUGUUGCCUCUUCCUCUGGACUCAGGGAAUACCCGUAUGGCUCACUAAAACAUCCAUUGCUCCACAUUUCCAUUUGAAUCUCUCAAAGAUAAAAGCCUCCUAUUGCAAACUGGGCAAACGAAUAGUUCUGGCUGGUUUUGCGGGGUCAACUGGGCUUAAAAGAGAAAAAUAAAAUUAAAAAAAAAAGACUGUAAAUCAUAAAAGCCUUCCCUGAACUGCAUGGCGGGCGCUACAUUAGCAUAGGCGACAUCCCCUGCCAUCCGGGCAGCAGGCAGGGGAAUCUGUGCCGGAGGGCUUGGGGGUGUCGGUGGAGGAGGGAGGAAAUCUGGAACCCAUAAGCUCCACUGAUGUUUGCGUUACCUUGCACGGCUGCAUUGGUCUGCGCCUGGUCCGCCCACGGGGCUCCUUGCCCUAUCAGCAAGAGCCCUUCCCCAAAGUUAUCCGAACGCCCUCCUCUCCGUAACCCAAAGGAAAAGCCAACCGAGUUCCUUGGAGGGCUCGGCGAGGCUUGGGAGGUUGGGGAGGCUGGAGGGUGGAUGCUCCAAGCUGUACCUCCUGAGCUGCUCCCCAGGCCACCUCGCCGAUGCACUGUGGCCGGUGCAUCUCGUGACACCCCAGAGCCCUUCGCCCGCAAGGUGACAAGAAGAUGAAAGAAGAAAACAUGUGCCCGGAUUCCCCGGAAGGCAGCCUGGUCACCAGCGAGGAGGAAGGCGAGCGGCUGCACAAGAAAUGUCACCGCAAGCGCGGCCAGGGGCACAAGCCGGCCGAGGAGUGUGGCAUCCCCUCGCCGCAGGGCAAGCGGAGCAAGCGCAGCCCCGUCCCCCCGUCCUUUGAGGACAUGCACACGCAGCGGGUGAUCGCCAACGUGCGGGAGCGCCAGCGGACCCAGUCGCUCAACGACGCCUUCGCCGAGCUGCGGAAGAUCAUCCCCACGCUGCCCUCCGACAAGCUGAGCAAGAUCCAGACCCUCAAGCUGGCCGCCCGCUACAUAGACUUCUUGUACCAGGUCCUGCAGAGCGAUGAGCUGGACCACAAGAUCACCAGCUGCAACUACCUGGCCCAUGAGAGGCUCAGCUACGCCUUCUCCGUCUGGAGGAUGGAAGGGGCUUGGUCCAUGUCCGCAUCCCACUGAGCCAGGGUCACCUCCGCCUCAACGGAAACGCGCAGCAGCACCGCGGCACCCGGCCCGGCCACCCCGCUCUCCUCCAGCACCCGAAAACCAGCAGCAGCCGCCCCGGCGAGCAGGAGAGAACCAGCCCCAUCUGUCCCCUCCCGUCCCCUCGCCUGGGGCUGCUCUGACCCCCAAAACCUCAGGACUGGGGCAGAGGGACCCGAACCAGGAACCAAUCCAGGACCUGAACCAGGACCUGAACCAGGACCCGGGUGGUUUUGCUCGGAACCAGCUUGGUUGGAUGCUGCCUGUGAAAUGCUUUAAGGAGUAAUUUAUUUUUGACUUGUAGGUAAGAAAUAGUUGAGUUAUCUACUCUGGUAUCAGCCACCCCCUUCCCCAGCCUGCGGGGAAGCCGAUGUCCCCAUCUCGGUGGCCAAUGUCCCCAUCUCAGUGGCCAACGUCCCCAUCUUGGUGGGCUCAAUCCUCUGUGCAUCCCUGCACUGCCUGCAGCCAGGACGGGCAGGACACGUCCCGCUGGGACGAUGGGGACAACUUGAGCCCUCCCUGGUCACUGCUGCCUCCCAGAGCUCCCCCAGGGACAUGGUGACACGGCACCCGUGGGUCCGGCCGAGGAUGGAGCACAGAUCCCGGCACUGUUUUGCUUUAUCAAACCCUGGAGCUCCACACCGCGAUGAUGCUGAAUGUCGGAGCUGCUGCCUGGGGAGCAGAGCUGUUUUUGGGGGGCUGAUGAACCCCCCAAUGACCCUGUGGCACACGACACCCCCCACUCGUUUGUACUGCAUGGACACGUUGUAAAAUCAGCCUCUCUGUUGGAAGAAAUUUGAAAUGAUUAGAAAAUAAGGCUGGAGACGUUACGCAGAGCCCUUCCCUCUGCCCCGCAAGAAUGGGGUUUUGGGGUAAUUCCAGGGGGAUCCAGGUUCUUUCGGGGGUGAGAAGGAGUUGGGGGGAUGCUGGGGGAUGACGAAGGGAUGUCGGGGUGUCUGGACAAUCCCAAUAAAGCCAAGGGGGAAUUUUCCAGCAUUCCAUCCAUUCGUUUCCCAAGGAAAUGCUGCUGCCACGCGUCCACCCCGCACCCGCCAUCAGCACCGCUGCUCCGAGGGUUUUAUUCAAAUUGGGUGGAGAGUCAGGUAUUUUUGCUUAUUAUAGCACAGAAAGCGGGGGGAAACGUCCCUGUAAGCGAGGCUGCGACAGCGCGCAACCGAAAACGACCCACGUGGGAGAGAAGUGUUAUAAGUGACUCAACAGACGAGUUUCAAUUAGUGCUCAGGCUUAAUUAGACACCGGAGAAUCCAACGAGAAGUGGCAGCAAGGCUCAGGCUACCUUUUCCUAUAAAAUCCUCGAUUAUUAUACAUACCAGGAGUGGAUUUCAUGCUCUGGGGAGCUGAGCGCAGCCUGUAAAAGGAUCUGAAUGUGCUAAACCAAAUAAGGGUUCUGUUCAAAAUGGGGUUGCAGAGGGAUUCGUGAACUGCAUCAGUAAUUAAACCUCCUUUAGAAACACAAAUUUCUUUCAAAAAAAUAAAACGUGCUUUAAAAAUAAAGAGAAAAUGCCUCUUUCUAGG